AAACGAACAUGAAACCCAUGACACAUACAAAAACGUUAAUCGGGAAACAAACUGCCUUGGCUUAAUCCCCAGCGCGGCCAAGGCAGAGAAGAAGAUCUACCCACCCACCAAUGGCGUUCCAGGACUUCGACCUCAUCUCGCAGCGCCGCCAGGAGGAGAAGAAGAAGAAGUUCAAGCAGCGUCUCAUCCUCGCCUUCGUCGUCAGCGUCAUCGUCAUCCUCCUCGCCGCCGCCGCCGUCUGCUUCGCCAUCUACAAGACCAACCGCAACCACCACGCCUCCGCCCACGCCCACCCCCCGCCCCCGCCGUCCAAGCCCAAGACCGCGCAGAACGUCGUCAAGUCGGUGUGCGCCAACACCGACUACAAGAAGACCUGCGAGGACAGCCUCCUCAAGGAGGUCAAGAACAACGCCUCCGCCACCCCCAUGGACAUCCUCCGCGCCUCCCUGGCCGCCACCGCCCGCGAGAUCGACGCCGUAGCCAAGCAGGCCAGGGACGUCAAAUUCGACACCCCGAUUAAGAAGGCGGCGUUGAACGACUGCCUCGUGCUGCUCAAGGACGCCAGGGACGAGCUCAACAGCUCCAUGGCCAGCGUCAAGGGGGCCGAUAUAUCCAAGAUGUCCACGGCCAAGCCGGAGCUCAACAACUGGCUCAGCGCCGUCAUCUCGUACCAGCAGACGUGCUUGGACGGCUUCCCCGAGGGAGCCGACAAGGAGAAGAUGAAGAAGAUUCUGGAGGGCGUCAGGAUGCUCGGGAGCAACUCGCUCUCCGUGGUGUCGCAGGUCUCCGCGGUGCUGUCCAAGGCGGAGGCCUCCGGCGGCUCCCAGCGGAGGCUCCUGAGCUUCGACGAGCCGGCGUGGAUGCAGCAGCACCGAAGAAUAUUGAAAGCCGACGGAGCAAAGUUCACGCCGAAUGUGACGGUGGCCAAGGACAACACCGGGAAUUUCACAACCAUCAACGCAGCUCUCAAGGCAAUGCCAAAGAAAUUCAAAGGACGAUAUGUGAUUUAUGUGAAAGAAGGGGUGUACGAUGAGACGGUGGUGGUGGCCAAGGACAUGGUCAACGUCACAAUGUACGGAGACGGAUCGCAGAAGAGCAUUAUCACCGGAGCUAAGAAUUUCGUCGACGGACUUCCAACGUUUCAGACCGCAUCAUUUGUUGCAAUCGGAGCAGGAUUCAUGGCGCAGUCGCUGGGGUUCCGAAACAUGGCCGGGCCGGAGAAGCACCAGGCGGUGGCGCUCCGAGUGCAAUCCGACCGGUCGAUAUUCGUGAACUGCCGCAUGGAAGGAUACAAGAGCACCCUGUACACACAAACACACAGACAGUUCUACCGCAGCUGCUACAUCACCGGCACCGUGGACUUCAUCUUCGGGGACGCGGCGGCCGUGUUCCAGAACUGCAUGAUCUACGUGCGGAGGCCGGCAGAGAACCAGCAGAACGUGGUGACGGCGCAGGGGCGGGCGGAGAAGCGGGAGACGACGGGCAUUGUGCUGCAGAACUGCAAGAUCCUUGCGGACGAGAAGCUGGAGGCGGAGAAGGGCAAGUUCAAGAGCUUCCUGGGCAGGCCGUGGAAGCAGUACUCGAGGGUGAUCAUCAUGGAGUCGGAGAUCGGCGAUCUCAUCCAGCCCGAGGGGUGGAAGGAGUGGAGCGGUGAUUCGGGGCUCAAGACUCUGUUCUACGCAGAGUUCAACAACAAGGGGCCGGGAUCGGCCACCAAGGAUCGGGUGAAAUGGGCAGGGUACAAGACAUUGAAGCGGGACGAUGUGUUGAAGUUCACGGUUGGUCCCUUCCUGCAAGGCGAGGAUUGGCUCAAGGCAGCAGAUGUUCCCGUGCGUUUUGGCAUGUUUAGUUGAUAGAUUAAUUCUAGGUUUUUUUUAUAUUAUUCUUGUUUUUCUAUAUGUAUACAUAUAUAUAUAUGCCGUUUUAUACAUAUUUAUAAUAAUGCAAUUUGUGUUCGGCUAUU